UUUAACAUUAUUCCUGGUCAGCAUGAAAAUGAAAUGGAAGAACUAUCAGGAGAUAUAAAGGAAGAAUCAAAAUCUCAAAACAGCAAGGAUAGACUGAUCUUCCAGUUAAGAGCUGAGCUAGAGAGAUUGCAGGCUGAAAAUAUCUCAGAGUGGGACAAGAGGGAAAUACUUGAAACAGAGAAACAAGGACUGGAAAAAGAAAAUAGAAGGCUAAAGGCUCAGGUGAAAGAAAUGGAAGAGCUGCUGGAUGGGAAAAACAGAUUCAGUGCAAACUCUCAAAGUCCUGAUUUCAAGACAUCACAAAUUGAACGGCAGGAAGAAAAAAAGGAAGAAAAAGAAAAAGGAGAUACUCAGACAUCGUUAAAUCCUCUGGCCUGUUGCAGUGCUAUAUUUUUUAACUCGCCCCCACCUGAAACGCUUCUCAUGUGCAGCCAGAGUGUGGUAAUGCUGCAAGAACAAAAGGGGGCCAAGUCUACAGGCACCCAGCACUUUCCUAGCCCCCUCCCAACAGACUAG